GCCACUCUGGUUGUAAACAAUUUGUUGGGGAUUUGUUUUGGGGAAAAUGUGUCGUAAUUUUUAACAAUUUUAGUGAAAGUAAUGUCCAGCUGGAGGACUGUUGGUAUCUGCUCGCCAAUACUUGCCAGCGGAAAGGUAUCGCGAUGCGUACCACAACAACAAUGGCACUACAAUCGCCAACAAAAUCGUCAAAAUCAAUCACAAACCCGACAUGCUCUGCUGGAUUUACGCCGCAAGGCAAUACCAGUUGAUCGGCAGCGACAGGUACUGUACGAGCUGGUGGAAAAGUUUGAAAAGCUACCGCAAGAGAAAGCGUUCGCGAUAGAGGAAGGCGCAAUCGAGCUGCUGAAGGAGCUGGAACACUCCACCGAUCCUGCCAUAAGGCAGCAUGCGAAGCUCGGUUUGGCGCUGCUCGGGUACGUCCCACCGUUGUCAAGCGAGGGCAUACGCAUCCUGAGCAUUGACGGGGGAGGCAUCCGCGGUAUAAUCGUGAUGGAACUGCUGCGCAAACUGGAACGACUCACGAACCGACGAAUAUUCGAUCUGUUCGAUCUAGUAUGCGGCGUCUCGACAGGAGCUAUAUUGGUUUGUGCGUUGGCCUCCGAGAAAGGUUUAACCCUUGCCGAAGGCAUUCACCUCUACAAAAAGAUAGCCUACAAAGUCUUCCAUCGCCCGACGACGCUGGAUAAACUUUCCGGAGCGUCGCGCCUGUUUUCGUCGCACGCCUACUACGAUAUCGAGCUGUGGGAAUCGCUACUGAAACGUCAUGUGGGCCACCGUCGCAUAAUCGACACGGUGAUGCUUCCAAAUGUGCCGAAGUUCUGCUGUAUAUCGACUACCGUUUGCGACGAGUACAUCGAUGCGCAUGUAUUCCGCAACUACACAUUCCCUCAGAACGUGCAGUCGGUGUACGCCGGGUCACACACCGCACGACUGUGGGAGGUAGUGCGAGCGUCAUCGGCCGCUCCGGCGUACUUUGGUGACUUCCCGCUGAACGGCCAGCUGCAUCAGGACGGUGGCAUACUGUACAACAAUCCUACCGCCGUGGCCAUCCACGAAGCCAAAUGUCUGUGGCCGAACGAUCGCAUCCAGUGUGUGGUAUCGUUCGGUACGGGACGAACGCGUGGCAAAUCGAACGAUGGCCAAAAAAUUAUAAGCCGUAAAAUACUCGACCAAGCUUCGUUGUCCAGCUCGUGGAAGACAAAGUUCCUGCGUAUUCUCGAUUCUGCCACCGACACGGAAGCGGCGCACACGGUGCUGAGCGAUCUGCUACCGGCUGGUCACUAUUUCCGUUUCAAUCCGUAUCUUACCGAGUUCCUGUCGAUGGUUGAGGUGCGGCCGGAAAAGAUUGCUCAGCUGGAGAAGGAUACGGCAAUGUACUAUGCGCGCAAUGAGGACAAGUUCGAACAGGUUGCUGACCUGCUGCUGCGCAAGCGAUCGAUCGCACGCAAAGCGUACGAUGUGGCGCGCUACGUUUUCUAUCGCUAGUGUUUCUUGAAAAGUGUUUUUGCUGCUAUUUGCCAAAGAGAGUCUGCUAGUAUUGGUAGUAUCAGGGCAGAAGGUGAAUGUUGUUAUAAUAUGAUAACAACAGAUUUUCUGUUUUUCGUUUGAAUCUUUUAGUUGCUGUACUACAGUCACUACUGACAUACCUCUCUGUGAAGGUACACAAUUCAGGUUUUAUUUCGGUAUUACAUCUUUUUAGUAUUUUAGCAUUGCUAAGCUUCUUAGGAUCCCCGUAUAACGACUGUCCAUGGAUAUAUUUUGUUUUGCGAUUGUGUGUAAAUGUUUGGUUUAUGUUUGUAAAUUGCAAAUAAAGUUCUAUGACGUGUAAGAGUGA